AUAGGAAUGCACGAAAAAAGAAAGAAAUUACAGACCAUGCGAGCUUUAAUACUUGUGGGUGGUUAUGGAACCAGAUUGCGACCUCUUACUUUAAGUCGACCUAAGCCACUUGUCGAGUUUGCAAAUAAACCUAUACUUUUACAUCAGAUCGAAGCACUGGUACAAACAAAUGUAACUGAAGUUAUAUUGGCCGUUUCCUAUCGGGCACAACAGAUGGAAGAAGAAUUGGUUCAUGAAGCAAAGAAAUUAGGAGUACGACUUAUCUUUUCUCAUGAACCAGAACCAUUGGGUACCGCUGGACCACUUGCGCUCGCGCGUGAAUACUUAUGUGCCAGUGAUGACCCAUUCUUUGUUUUGAACUCUGAUAUCAUUUGUGAAUUUCCUUUUAAACAGCUCCUUGAAUUCCAUGAGAAUCAUGGUAAAGAAGGAACUAUAGUUGUCACUAAAGUAGAGGAGCCAUCAAAAUAUGGUGUGGUUGUAUAUGAAGAAGAUGGAAAGAUUCAGAGUUUUGUUGAAAAACCACAAGAAUUUAUAUCCAAUAAAAUUAAUGCAGGUAUGUAUAUCCUUAAUCCAAGUGUAUUGAAUAGAAUAGAAUUGAAACCUACGAGUAUCGAAAAGGAAGUUUUUCCUAAUAUGGCUCAAGAUGGAGAAUUAUACGCUAUGGAAUUACCAGGUUUCUGGAUGGAUGUGGGACAACCUUUAUUUUAUUUAGGAAUGUCUAUGUAUCUUGCUUCAUUGAGGCAAAAGCAUCCUGAACAGCUUCAUUCUGGACCUGGUAUAGUAGGCAAUGUCUUGAUUGAUCCAACUGCUACAAUUGGCAAAGAUUGUAGAAUAGGACCCAAUGUCACAAUUGGACCUGGUGCCACUUUAGCUGAUGGAUGUUGUAUUAAACGAAGUACUAUUCUUAAGGCAGCUGUAAUAAAAGAGCAUGCUUGGCUAGAUGGUUGUAUUGUUGGAUGGAGAAGCGUCGUAGGACGAUGGGUGAGAAUGGAAGGUACAACUGUAUUAGGAGAAGAUGUUAUCGUGAAAGAUGAGUUAUAUAUUAAUGGUGGACAGGUUUUGCCGCACAAGAGCAUUUCCACUUCUGUACCAGAACCGCAGAUCAUUAUGUGACCAAAGACCAUAACCUGAGUUAAAACCAGUGAAGGAGAUAAUUGACCAAGACACGUUUUUAUUCACUUUUAUUAUUUUUAUAUAAAAUACGUCUCCAAAAUAUCUUCGCAUUAAAAUUUAAAAUAUAUAUAUAUAUAUACACAUUAUAAUUUUGCUUCACAAGCAAUUGUCGUAGUCUUGU